UCUCAGUUUCUUACGAGGCUAUGCAUUGAUUAUGGCUUGGGCAGAGAAUAUAACGAAGGAAACUUAAUCAUGUUCUUUCUCUUUCUCUGUGUAUUUCAGCUGGACCCCCAGACGGUGCAGUCCAAGAACUGGCACAUGGACGUCAUAGAGAUGAAUGGGGUAAGAGACACUAGGAACAUUUGGGGCCAGUUUGCUAGACCCAGACUAAAUCAAAUUAAAUCAAAAUCAAAUAAAAUUGUAUUUGUCACAUACACGUGUUUAGCAGAUGUUAUUGCGGGUGUAUACACACAAAUCUAGUAAGGAAUGGAAUUCAAGAAUAUAUACAUAUAUGGACAAGCAAUGACAGAGCAGCAUGGACUAAGAUACAGAAGAAUAUUAUAGAAUAGAAUGCAGUAUAUACAUAUGAGAUGAGUAGUGCAAGAUAUGUAAACAUUAUUAAAUUGAGUAGUGUUCCAUUUCUUAAAGUGGCCAGUGAUUUCAAUAGGCAGCAGCAGCCUCUAAUGUGCUAGUGAUGGCUAUUUAACAGUCUGAUGGCCUUGAGAUUAGAAGCUGUAUUUCAUUCUCUCGGUCCCAGCUUUGAUGCACCUGUACUGACCUCGCCUUCUGGAUGAUAGCGGGGUGAACAGGCAGUGGCUCGGGUGGUUGAUAUCCUUGAUGAUCUUUUUGGCCUUCCUGUGACAACGGGUGCUGUAGGUGUCAUGGAGGGCGGGUAGUUUGCCCCCGGUAAUGCGUUCGGCAGACCGCACCACCCUCUGGAGAGCCCUGUGGUUGCGGGCGGUGCAGUUGCUGUACCAGGCGGUGAUACAGCCCGACAGGAUUCUCUCAAUUGUGCAUCUGUAAAAGUUUGUGAGGGUUUUAGGUGCCAAGACAGAUUUCUUCAGCCUCCUGAGGUUGAAGAGGCUCUGUUGCGCCUUCUUCACCACACUGUCUGCGUGGGUGGACCAUUUCAGUUUGUCAGUGACGUAUACGCCAAGGAACUUGAAGCUUUCCACCUUCUCCACUGCGGUCCCGUCGAUGUGAAUAGGGGGGUGCACCCUCUGCUGUUUCCUGAAGUCCACGAUUAUCUCCUUUGUUUUGUUGACAUUGAGUGAGAGGUUAUUUUCCUGGCACCACACUCCCACACCACACUAAGAAGCUCUUUCAAUGUUGAAUCUCCACUAAAUAUGCUUUUUAGUCUAGGACUAGGCUUCAUCUGUGUCCAGGAAACCAGCCCUUGAUUUCCUAAUUCCAUUCCUGGUCCUGUCACAGUCAUUUACCCAUUCAACCCCGUCAAUAGAAGAUGACUUGUCAGGGCUUAGUGUGUGGAUAUUAUAAUGAAGCUUGUUAUAGUUGGCCAGAGCCAAUGCAAUAUUAUCUUUACGAGCUUGGCCAACUCUCUGAUUUCUCUACAACACAGUGUUUUUAAACAGCCGUAAACGUCUAACCACUCUGGAUCCACUUAAACUCCUGGAUGUUGUGAAAUGAUAAAAAGAAAGCACUUGGAAGCUGUGUAUUUUAAACGCAGAUGAGCUAUGUCGCUAAAACCUGCUGCAAUGUUUGCGGUACAAUGGUCCCUGUCAAAUUAGCAAAUUAAAUAAUGCAGAUUGUUUGACACUUUUUAUGUAUUGUUUCCAACAGAUCAAGGUGGAGUUCUCCAUGAAGUUUACGAGUCGGGACUUGAGUCUGAAGAGAACGCCCUCCAAAAAACAGAGUGGGGUGUUUGGGGUCAAAAUCAGUAUUGUGACAAAGUAAGCUAUGUUGAAUUUCUCUCAUAAUAAACUAAUGCAUAAACUACAGUGCCUUCAAAAAGUAUUCACACCCUUUGACUUUUUACAUAUUUUGUUGUGUUACAGCCUGAAUUUAAAAUGGAUUAAAUUUAGAUUUUGUGUCACUGGCCUACACACAAUAACCCAUAAUGUUAAAGUGGAAUUAUGUUUUUCGACAUUUUUUCAAAUUAAUUAAAAAUGAAAAGCUGAAAUGUCUUGAGUCAAUAAAUAUUCAACCCCUUUGUUAUAGCAAGGCUAAAUAAGUUCAGGAGUAAACAUUUGCUUAACAAGUCACCUAAUAAGUUGCAUGUGUGCAAUAAUAGUGUUUUAACAAGAUUUAUUUUAUGACUACCUCAUCUCUGUACCUCACACAUACAAUUAUCUGUAAGGUCCCUCAGUCAAGCAGUGAAUUUCAAACACAGAUUCAAACACAAAGACCAAUGCCUUGCAAAGAAGGGCACCUAUUGGUAGAUGGGUAAAAAAACAAACAGACAUUGAAUAUCCCUUUCAGCAUGGUGAAGUUAUUAAUUACACUUUAGAUGGUGUAUCAAUACACCCAGUCACUACAAAGAUACAGGUGUCCUUCCUAACACAAAGCAUUGAGUUGUCUUUCCUGACUCAGUUGCCGGAGAGGAAGGAAACCGCUCAGGGAUUUCACCAUGAGGCCAGUUAGAGUUUAAUUGGUGUGAUAGGAGAAAACUGAGGAUGGAUCAACAACAUUGUAGUUACUCCACAAUACUAACCUAAAUGACACAGAGUGAAAAGUAGGAAGCCUGUAUAGAAUAGAAAUAUUCCAAAAUAUGCAUUCUGUUUGCAAUAACGCACUAAAAUAGAACUGCUAUAAAAAUUGCCUUAUGUUUGGGGCAAAUCCAACACAACACAUCACUGAAUACCACUCUUCAUAUUUUCAAGCAUGGUGGUGGCUGCAUCAUGUUAUGGGUAUGCUUGUCAUCGGCAAUGACUAGGGAGUUUUUUGGGAUAAAAAUAAACGCAAUAGAGCUAAGCACAGGCAAAAUCCUAGAGGAAAACCUGGUUCAAUCUGCUUUCCAACUGACACUGGGAGACAUUCACCGUUCAGCAGGACAAUAACCUAAAACAUAAGGCCAAAUAUACACUGGAGUUGCUUACGAAGACGAUAUUGAAUGUUCCUGAGUGGUGUAGUUACAGUUUUUCCUUAAAUCGGCUUGAAAAUCUAUGGCAAGACUUGAAAAUGGCUGUCUAGCAAUGAUCAACAACCAACUUGACAGAGCUUGAAUCGCUGCUAAAGGUGAUUCUAGCGUGUUGACUCUGGGGGUUGAAUACUUAUGUAAUUGGGAUAUUAGUGUUUUAUUUUUCAUAAAUGUUUUAAAAAUGUUAGAAUUUUUGGUGUAGAGCGUUGACAAGAAAAUGACAAUUUAAUCAAUUUUAAUCCCACCUUGUAACACAUCAAAACGUGGAAAAUGUAAAGGGGAGUGAAUACUUUCUGAAGGCUCUGUAUGUCACUAUGUGUAGUUUAAUCUUCAUAACUUCAGGAUAAACCCCUCUCUAUAAUCUUUUUGUACAGUUUAUUAGAUUGCUACGAUUAGCAUUAACGUUAUUUGAAAGGGGCCGUGCUGUAAUAUCAAUCCUGAUGAGUUUUGGUUUUGUCCCCCAACAGGCGCGAGCGCUCCAAGGUGCCUUACAUAGUCCGCCAGUGCAUUGAGGAGGUGGAGAAGAGGGGGAUCGACGAGGUGGGAAUCUACAGGAUCUCAGGGGUGGCCACUGACAUCCAGGCCCUAAAAGCAGCGUUCGACACCAGUAAGAAACACUCAUACUUCCAACACUGUAAAAUACACCUGUCUUCAUCAAUAGAGCCAGGAGUUUUUCCUGGCCAUGGGACCUGACCAGGGAUAACUCUGGGCCCUAUAAACUGAGGAUAGAAAACAUUAAGGACACCUGCUCUUUCCAUGGCAUAGACUGACUAGGUGAAUCCAGGUGAAAGCUAUGAUCCCUUAUUGAUGUCACCUGUUAAAUCCACUUCAAUCAGUGUAGAUGAAGGGGAGGAGACAUGUUAAAGAAGGAUUUUUAAGCCUUGAGACAAUUGAGACAUGGAUAUGCUUAACACCCCGGCCGUCCUACAAUCUAAACUAGAUGCCCUCAAUCUCACACAAAUUAUCAAGGAACCUACCAGGUACAACCCUAAAUCCGUCAACAUGGGCACCCUCAGAAAUCAUCCUGACUAAUUUACCCUCUAAAAUACACCUCCGCUGUCUUCAACCAGGAUCUCAGCGAUCACUGCCUCAUUGCCUGCGUCCGUAAUGGGUCCAUGGUCAAAUGACCACCCCUCAUCACUGUCAAACGCUCCCUAAAACACUUUAGCGAGCAGGCCUUUCUAAUUGACCUGGCCCGGGUAUCCUGGAUUGAUAUUGACCUCAUUCCGUCAGUAGAGGAUACCUGGUUGUUCUUUAAAAGUGCUUUCCUCUCCAUCUUAAAUAAGCAUGCCCCAUUCAAAAAGUUCAGAACUAAGAACAGAUAUAGCCACUAGUUCACCCCAGACUUGACUGCCCUUGACCAGCACAAAAACAUCCUGUGGCGUAAUGCAUUAGCAUCGAACAGCCCCCGCGAUAUGCAACCUUUUAAGGAAGUCAGGAACCAAUAUACACAAUCAGUUAGGUAAGCAAAGGCUAGCUUUUUCAAACAGAAAUUUGCAUCCUGUGGCACUAACUCCAAAAAGUUUUGGGACACUGUAAAAUCCAUGGAGAAUAAGAGCACCUCCUCCCAGCUGCCCACUGCACUGAGGUUAGGAAACACUGUCACCACCAAAAAUAAAUUUCAACAAGCAUUUUGCUACGGCUGGCCAUGCUUUCCACCUGGAUACACCUACCCCGGCCACCAGCUCUGCACCCUCCGCUGCAACUUGCCCAUGCCCCCCCCCCCCCCCCCCCCCCCCCCCCGCUUCUCCUUCACCCAAAUUCAGACAGCUGAUGUUCUGAAAGAGCUGCAAAAUCUGGACCCCUACAAAUCAGCUGGGCUAGACAAUCUGGACCCUUUCUUUAUAAAAUUAGCCGCCGAAAUUGUCGCAACCCCUAUUACUAGCCUGUUCAACCUCUCUUUCGUAUCGUCUGAGAUCCCCAGAGAUUGGAAAGCUGCCGCGGUCAUCCCCCUCUUCAGAGGGGGUGACACUCUAGAUUCAAACUGUUACAGACCUAUAUCCAUCCUGCCCUGCCUUUCGAAAGUAUUUGAAAGCCAAGUUAACAAACAGAGGUCCUAAACAAACGCUCAAGGUCCUAAACGAUAUUAUAACGAUCGACCGUCUUCAUCGACCUGGCCAAGGCUUUCGACUCUGUCAAUCACCUCAUUCUUAUUGGCAGACUAAAUAGCCUUGGUUUCUCUAAUGACUGCCUCGCCUGGUUUACCAACUACUUCUCAGAUAGAGUUAAAUGUGUCAAAUCGGAGGGCCUGUUGGCUGGACCUCUGGCAGUCUCUAUGGGGGUGCCACAGGGUUCAAUUCUCGGGCCGACUCUAUUCUCUGUGUAUAUCAAUGAUGUCGCUCUGCUGCUGGUGACUCUCAGAUCCACCUCUACGUGUCUGGUUAGACCGUAAACUCUCCUUCCAGACUCACAUUAAGCAUCUCCAAUCCAAAGUUAAAUCUAGAAUCGGCUUCCUAUUUCGCAACAAAGCCUCCUUCACUCAUGCUGCCAAACAUGCCCUCGUAAAACUGACUAUCCUACCGAUCCUUGACUUUGGCAAUGUCAUUUACAAAAUAGCCUCCAACACUCUACUCAGCAAAUUGGAUGUAGUCUAUCACAGUGCCAUCCGUUUUGUCACCAAAGCCCCAUAUACUACCACCAUUGUGACCUGUACGCGCUCGUUGGCUGGCCCUCACUACAUAUUCGUCGCAAAAACCCACUGGCUCCAGGUCAUCUAUAAAUCCCCACCUUAUCUUAGCUCAUUGGUCACCAUAGCAACACCCACCCGUAGUAUGCGCUCCAGCAGGUAUAUCUCACUGGUCAUCCCCAAAGCCAACACCUCCUUUGGCCGCCAUUCCUUCCAGUUCUCUGCUGCCAAUGACUGGAACGAACUGCAAAAAUCUCUGAAGCUGGAGACUCUUAUCUCCCUCACUAACUUUAAGCUUCAGUUAUCAGAGCAGCUUACCGAUCACUGCACCUGUACACAGCCCAUCUGUAAUUAGCCCACCCAACUACCUCAUCCCCAUAUUGUUAUUUAUUUUGCUCAUUUGCACCCCAAUAUCUCUAUUUGCAAAUCAUCUUCUGCACAUCUAUCACUCCAAUGUUAAUACUAAAUUGUAAUUAUUUUGCACUAUGGCCUAUUUAUUGCCAUACCUCCAUAAUUUACUACAUUUGCACACACUGUAUAUAGAUUUUCUAUUGUGUUUUUGACUGUACAUUUUGUUUAUCCCGUAUGUAACUCUGUGUUGUUGUUGUUUUUAUCGCACUGCUUUGCUUUGCCUUGGCCAGGUCGCAGUUGUAAAUGAGAACUUGUUCUCAACUGGCUUACCUGGUUAAAUAAAGGUGAAAUAAAUAAAUAUAAAUUAAAUGAAAAUGGUGUAUGUGUCCCAUUCAGAGGGUGAACAAGCAAAACAAAAUAUUGAAUUGCUUUUGAACGGGUUAUGGUAGUAGGUGCAGUGCGCACCGGUUUGUGUCAAGAACUGCAAUGCUGCUGGGUUUUUCAUGCUCAACAGUUUCCCGUGUGUUUCAAUAAUGGUCCACCACCCAAAGGACAUCCAGCCAACUUGACACAACUGUGGGAAGCAUUGGAGUCAACAUGGGCCAGCAUCCCUGUGGAACGCUUUCGACACCUUGUAGAGGCCAUGCCCCAACGAAUUGAGGCUGUUCUGAGGGCAAAAGGGGGGGGGGGGGGCAACUCAAUAUUAGGAAGGUGUUCCUAAUGUUUGGUAUACUCAGUAUAUAUAAACUAUAACCAGGGCCUUGAAUUUUUCCUGGUCAGCUGCAGCUGUCAGCUGUGUGUUGUCCUCCCUGGGAGUCCCAGGGUGUGUCCCAAAUGGCACCCUAUUACUUAUAUAUUUCACUGCUUUUGACCAGAGCUCUAUGGGCCCUGGUCAAAAGUCGUACACUAUAUAUGGAAAGGGGUUCCAUUUGGGAUGCAACCCAUGUCUCUGUCACGGCCCCUAGACCAAACCAAAGCUAACAUCCUCAGCGUCUCUCUGCUGUGUUCAUGGCUCACUUAGCUGAGAUCACUGGUGGUUUGGUUUUUAAACAGUGUUGUUACUUGUUAUGUCAUCUCUGGAGCCAGAAUGAUCAGUCUGGAAAUUAAGUAGUUGUUUGGUUGAGGCUGAUGCUCUUCCCUUGAGCUCAUGUGUGUGUUUUUGUUUUCUCUCUCUCCCCUCCGCAGAUACCAAAGACAUCCUGGUGAUGUUGAGUGAUAUGGACAUCAAUGCCAUUGCAGGGACUCUGAAGCUGUACUUCCGUGAGCUGCCAGAGCCCCUGCUCACUGACCGCCUGUACCCAGCCUUCAUGGAGGGCAUAGGUACGACCUCUGACCCUAACAGACCAUACCAAUGCAAUUAGGAUGCAUCUCAAUAGUCAGUUAUAGAGGGGUUAUUCCUUUUUUUUAUUGAGACCAUAACAUUGAAAGACAUAACAUUGAAAUGAUGGUUCAUAUUUCCCCGUAGAGGGGUAAUUCUUAACUUCUCUUCUGUUCUUCUCCUCUUUCCCCUCUCUUCCUCCUCCUCCUGGAUCCUCAUCCUCUUCUCUAAAGCUCUGUCGGACCCUGCAGCCAAGGAGAACUGCAUGAUGCACCUGCUGCGCUCUCUGCCUGACCCUAACCUCAUCACCUUCCUCAGCCUGCUGGAGCAUCUCAAGAGGUACACACACACAUAAUCUGCCAUAAAGGCUAGUAAAUAUUACUGUUGACAGUUGGGCCAUAUUAACUGGCAGCCUAAUACGUUUAAAGUGGACUUUGGAGGAGUUCUGACCAGAGUACGGUCCAUGUGCGAGUGGUUCUUUAAGCCUGCUAUAAAAAUGUGUUCCGGAAAGCUUCACGUUCAGCUGCACUCUGCCUGCGGUCAUGAGAUGUGCUCCUGCUACUGUGACCGCACCACGAUCAUUAGCCACUGACUGAGUGCCCCAAAAAGACAGCGAGGACAGAGGGAAAAGUCAUCAGAGUGUUCAGGCCAGACACUGUGUGGUUAACAGAGCUCACGCACGCACACGCAUGCCAGGCCCUGGAGAGGCAUCAGUCUGCACUGGCCUUUUAAGCCAGCCCUUUGGUGGUGAAGUUAAGGAGCUAGACUGAGGAGUUACGUUCCAGUUGGAAGGAAGCGUUUAAGUCAAUGAAAAAUGACUUCCCUACUGCUAAAAUGACUUCUCUACUACUAUUUUGUCUUUGAAAAUAGCUGUAAUGGUCUCAGAAGGCCAACCAUGUGCCAGUCUGGAAAGGUAGUGUGUAACCACAUGUGAUGACAUCAUGGUGGUGCCUGUUAAAACUGCCUUCAAUUAGAAGGGCAUGGUAGAGCAGGGCAUAACCACAGACUGGUAACCACUAGCAUUGGCAGGAACACUUAGGGAACACUUAUGGGUCUCCUCCUAUCACCCACAUCUGAUCUAGGAUCAGCUGUCUGUCAUCAGCUACAGUAGUAAUGGCCUGUGUGGGGACUUAUUCAUACUCUGAGUGAAGUAAUAGAUGUCACCACCAGACUUUUAAAAGAUCAGGUUUAGGUGUUUGUUAUGGGUUCCUACUGCAGGGCAGACAAUGUUUUUAUUGAACCUUUAUUUGAACAGGCAGUCAUGCUGAGACCAGGCAGUCAUGCUGAGACCAGGCAGUCAUGCUGAGACCAGGCAGUCAUGCUGUAUAACGAGAACUAGAGGGAACUAAGACCAAGUUUAAUGCGUAGUGCUGCCUUGCCAAUUUCAGUCACACAUUACUUCACUCUCACGCCUCCUCCCAAAAGUUGGUGUUCAGUUCAAAUCAAAUCAAAUCAAAUUUUAUUGGCCACAUGCGCCGAAUACAACAGGUGCAGACAUUACAAUGAAAUGCUUACUUACAGCCCUUAACCAACAGUGCAUUUAUUUUUAAUAAAAAAGUAAAAUAAAACAACAACAAAAAGUGUUGAGAAAAAAAGAUAACAGUAAUAACAGUAGGGAGGCUAUAUAUACAGUGGGGUACCGGUGCAGAGUGAAUGUGCGGGGGCACCGGCUAGUUGAGGUAGUUUAAGUAUUACAUUUACAUUUUUUUUACAUUUUAGUCAUUUAGCAGACGCUCUUAUCCAGAGCGACUUACAGUUAGUGAGUGCAUACAUUAUUUUUUAUACUGGCCCCCCGUGGGAAACGAACCCACAACCCUGGCGUUGCAAACGCCAUGCUCUACCAACUGAGCUACAUCCCUGCCGGCCAUUCCCUCCCCUACUUGUGCGCUGCCCUAUGGGUCUCCCGGUCACGGCCAGCUACAACAGAGCCUGGAUUCGAACCAGGAUCUCUAGUGGCACAGCUAGCACUGCGAUGCAGUGCCUUAGACCACUGCGCCACUCGGGAGGUGCAAGUAAUAUGUACAUGUGGGUAGAGUUAAAGUGACUAUGCAUAAAUAAUUAACAGAGUAGCAGCAGCGUAAAAAGAUGGGGUGGGGGGGCAGUGCAAAUAGUCCGGGUAGCCAUGAUUAGCUGUUCAGGAGUCUUAUGGCUUGGGGGUAGAAGCUGUUGAGAAGUGAAGUCUUUUGGACCUAGACUUGGCACUCCGGUACCGCUUGCCGUGCGGUAGCAGAGAGAACAGUCUAUGACUAGGGUGGCUGGAGUCUUUGACAAUUUUGAGGGCCUUCCUUCCUUCAGUUAAUCCUUGCGGUGAGAUUGAAAAAUGUGAAAAGAAAGCUUGGAGCCGUGUGUAUCCCCAGUAGAGGGGUUUUAUAGUAUGUGUGAAGCGGCUGCAAUAUAAAUGGAUGUCAGAGGUUGGCAGGCAAGCAGGAAGGUGCAUAGAAAUUAAUCAGAUUUCUUACCUAUGGGCAGGCCUGAGGUCAGUUUACAGGGCUAGCGCUGGGUCAGAAUACACCCUACUGCUCCAUGUAGCCAUUAUGGCGGCCUGAUCCCAGUACAUCUCUUUAACAUCCAUUAGUGCAGACAGUGCACUCUGCAGUCAGUCAGCAGAAUGUACACAGACUGCUCUCAUAGACACGCUAAGGAUACCCGCUAGACGCUCUGCUCUGGUGAAUUACAAGUGUGAUAUGAAUGGCUCUGCUCUUCCUAUAAAGAACAUUUUAUAUGGUAACUUAGUUCAGAAAUUCAAUGGUCCUUGUAGAAGAAACACGCACAAAACACAUUGUGCUGCACUGACAGUGAUUGCUUCGGAAAAUAGGUCACCAUAGUAACAAGGCCAGACCAGCAAACAUGUCACGUGACUAGAAAAAUAACGAAUACCGAUCUGUACCUGUGAUCAUUGUAGUCUAACUGGUCUAUCUGUCUGUUUUGUGUUCCAGGGUUGCUGACAAGGAGCCCAUCAACAAGAUGUCCCUCCACAACCUGGGCACAGUGUUUGGCCCCACCCUGCUCAGGCCCUCUGAGUCAGAGGUAUCCAAGGGACACAUCACACUGGCCUCUGACAUCUGGUCACACGACGUCAUGGCGCAGGUCAGUGUGACUUGGGUGCGUACAUCUGUGUGUGUGUGUGUGUGUGUGUGUGUGUGUGUGUGUGUGUGUAUGUGCGUUUCCUUGUGAGAAGGUAAGCGGGAGAGAGAAUGAGUGAGUGUGUGUACUCUGACGUAGCUGAGGGGGUUGUGUGUGUUUUACCCGUGUCAGCCAGGUCUAGCCUCCCAGGUGUAUUUAGACUAUUUAGGAAGCCCCACCUGGAGCUCUGCCCAGUGCUGAGAGAGAAACCGCUUCCUGUUCACAAAUGACUUAUUCUAGGCCCUAUAUAAACACUGACUACUGUAAAUCACCAUAAAGGCCCCAAUGCUAACAAUAGAAUGCCAUAUUUCAUCAUUAACUGUAAAGACUGAGCGAAAACUGUUUGUGCAGUGACUUAUUACAUCUCCAUAUGUUUAGUAGAUAGAUGAGUAUGCAGAUACUCAGAAAUCAUGGAGCGAUGCUUAGUCACAUACUGAGUCAUACUGAGUCAAGUACUGAGUCAAGUACAUGGCUUAUCUAAGUGCCAUAUCCUAGUCCUUUUUUGGUUCGAACUAUGAUAAGUGGUAUUUAAAUGAAACACCAUUGAUUUUAGGCUCAAGCUCUUUCUCUCUCCCCAUCUCAGGUCCAGGUGUUGCUGUACUACCUACAGCAUCCUCCCAUCUCCUUCGCUGAGCUGAAGCGGAACACACUCUACUUUUCCACUGACGUUUAAUCCCUUGGGGUUCCAGAGAGAAAGACUCAACAGCAAAUCCCCCCCACCCCCAUACAGCUCCCUUUUAAAACUGGACAGCCCCCACUGAGACACCCCUUACCCUAACCUGAGAGAUGGAGUCAGAAGUGGGGGAAGAGAAGAAGAGACACGGUGCUCCCCCUGGUCCCCUGUAUCCCAUAGUCACGUCUUCUAGUGUCAUGUUAGUGUGCAGUACAUCCAUCUGGUGAAGAGCAGGAGUGGAGGGAGCAGCAGACCUCUCACCUCUGACCCACAGUAACCCCACAGACAGCCACCGUUCUGGGACCUCUAUCUAUCAGUGAGGGGUUGAGGGUCAAGGUCUGGUGUGUUGCUGGGUCACUGUGUGUUGUCUGGUCUGUUGGGUCAUCCAGAAACCAGCUCAAUGAUCCCAGAGCUGGUCUGUUACUGACUCGACUUUCUUCUCUUUUUUUUUCUCUCUUUUUUUCAGAGGCGUUCCAAGAAAAAUUGCAUUUACAUAUUUUAUAAAUAUUAUUUGUUCAAUAGGUCCUUUGUUUCUCUCUGGCUUUGUGCAUGUGGCGGAGGAGGACUUUGUGUGUAUGUAGAAGCGCGUGAGAGUGUGUGUUAAAGCACAGCGCUGAGGACUGUGAGUUUGCAAGCCGCCAGUAACGCCACGUCAGUGAAUGGUCACUGUCAGAUUUUCUCUCCAUGUGCAAAGACAAGAGAGCACAGCCCUCCCUCUUUCUGAGUCUUGGCCAAAUUCGCCCUAUUAUUUAUAAAUAUAUAUAUUACGUGUGCCUGUACAGUCCAGUACAAUUAGAGAAUUGCUCCAAGGAGUCUGUUUGAAGUCUUUUCAGGUAGUGAUGUUUUUUUUUAGCUUAUUCUUAUUCACAGCCAAGGUUAGCUGUACUGAAACGAUCACAGGA